UUAACAUAACUAACAUUGUGAAAUACCUGAGAAUGUCCGAAAACAUGUCGAAAGUAUUCUGAUUAAAACUAAAGGUAAAAUGUUGCUGGUGCAAUGUCUGGUCUUUGUUGAGUGAAAAUAUUUUCACUUUGUAGGAUCGACAUUAUCAAAUUUAAAUAAAUAUGGCCAAAGACGCACCACCUCCAUAUUCUGAGACUGCUCCGCCACCAGGUCCCGGAUUCGUAGCACCGCCACAACAUGGCUAUCCGCCACCGCCUCAUCCAGGGUAUGCUCCACCACCCACAGAACAGCAUACUGUAAUUAUAACGCACACAACGACAACGGGUCUGGGACCCAGACCACAUGGCAUGAGGUGUCCAUCUUGUCACGCAGAUAUUGUAACAACGGUAGAAACAGAACCCAAUACCAAAACGCAUUUAAUUGCAUUGUUGUUAUGCAUGUUUGUUUGUUGGCCUUGUGUCUGCCUUCCGUAUUGCAUGGACACAUGCCAAAGUCAGAAACACUACUGUCCAAACUGCCGGGCCUACUUGGGAAGUUAUUCUGACUAACGGGUACAGAGAAGUGUUACAUACCAAAAUUUUGUAUUUUAUAUUUUUGUUGUACUGAGUAUGUUUAUCCUUAUCGCACCUUAGCCUUGCGAUUACUAUCCAUUAAAUAUGGCUGUUGUAGGAGUAGUUUACAAUAUUAGCUGACUGAUGAGUGGGUCAUGUUGUUUUCCAUUUUGGGUUACAUUGUAUUUUAAAUGUAUUGUAUUUUUAUUAAAAUAAAAAUCUAUUAA